AGUAUUAGAACUAUGAAGAGCCAGUAUGAAGCAUUAAUGAAUUUAUGCUUUAUCUGAAAAGCAAUGGGAAACUAUUUGUGGAUCUUGAACACGGGAGCAGCAAGACAAGAUCUAAAGUUUGAAAACCUCAUUUGACUGUUGUGAUAAUUCCAUGUAGGAGAGCAAGAGGGGAAACAGCAAACGGAAAAGAAACUCGUAGAAAUGAGAUGGUCACCUGGACUAGGUUGUUGGUAAUAUGAGGAGAGUAAAUUAGAGAUAUAACAAGGAGCAGCACAGGCAGGAUCCGCUGAUUGAUUAGACUCACGCCAGCUGCUCCUCAACGCUCUGGUCACUCUAGCCACACUUCUAUCAUAGCACCUCUCAAUACAUAGCACUUCUCCGUUAAUAAAUCUGUACUUUCCGUGGCGGGGUGGCGCUGCUGCGCCCGCCGCGAGUACCCCCCGCCCCGCUCUGCCGGCCUCUGCGCGCCUGAGCGCUUUUCCUUCCGCCGGGGCCGCUUUUCCUUCCGCCGGGGCCGCAGGGCCUCAUGGAACGCCCGGAGGGCGGCGGACGGGGACCAGUAGCGCGGGGGCCCGAUGGACGGCCAGCGCCCGAAGCUAGAGUGCACUUCCGAGUGGCGAGGUUCAUCAUGGAGGCAGGUGUCAAGCUGGGGAUGCGGUCCAUUCCCAUUGCCACUGCUUGCACCAUUUACCAUAAGUUCUUCUGCGAGACCAACCUGGACGCCUAUGACCCUUACUUGAUCGCCAUGUCUUCCAUUUACUUGGCUGGCAAAGUGGAAGAGCAGCAUCUGAGGAUUCGUUAUAUCAUCAAUGUGUCCAACAGGUACUUUAAUCCAAGCGGUGAGCCCCCGGAGUUGGACUCCCGCUUCUGGGAGCUCCGAGACAGCAUUGUGCAGUGCGAGCUUCUCAUGCUGAGAGUUCUGCGCUUCCAGGUCUCCUUCCAGCACCCACACAAGUACCUGCUCCACUACCUGGUUUCCCUCAAGAACUGGCUGAACCGCCACAGCUGGCAGCGGACUCCUGUCGCCGUCACUGCCUGGGCCCUGCUACGGGACAGCUACCACGGGGGGCUGUGCCUCCGCUUCCAGGCCCAGCAUAUAGCCGUGGCAGUGCUCUACCUGACCCUGCAGGUCUAUGGAGUCAAGGUACCUGCUGAGGUCGAGACUGAGAAGCCAUGGUGGCAGAUUUAUACCAUGGACACAGAGAUCCCCUAAGGCCCUGGCCCAGGUCUGCCCAAAGAGAAGCCCAGGAUGGUCAGCUGCCUGGGGACACUACCACCACGUCGCAUCAUGGCUGGUCCCCAGAGGGCCAGCUGGGAGGACUGGUUGUGCUGCUGGAGAAGGGCCGGUGAAGGCGAUGACAUGCUGCCACUUUGACAGUACCUAGCAGUCGCGGUCCCGACGAUGAUGGGAGCCGCGACUCCAGCGGGCAGGCUGGGAGCGCACUGUGUGCAGGUGACCCAAGGCAGCCACAUCUGCUUUUGUCCUUUGAGAGGACUCUGACUACAAUAGAGGCAUGACGUCAAUGAAAGGAAAAUCACGAAAUAGAUGAGACUGAAUCCCUAGGGAUUUUUU